CGUUAAUAUAUACACAUUAGUCACUAUACCUAAUAAAGAACGAUUCUGUCGAUUCUGAAUGCGGAUGAUAAAUCAUAGCCAUGGGACAGUCGCACGACACGAUCGUGGAUGCUCCACGUGUGGCCUUCGACGAAGAAGGUGACAACGGGCUGGUGAUCUGCGACAGAUACGUGCCGCCCGAAUUGCUGGGCGAGAUCUUCUGCCGGGCUCACCUCAGGACCCUGUUGAACUGUCAGUUGGUGUGCAAACGCUGGAGGACGGUGAUACAGAGCUACGUCUGGCGCAAGAAGACGGAGCUGGUACUGGGCAAGCCGUUCCCGCGCCAGGCCGAGGAGAUACCCUGGCAAGUGUUCUACCUCACGUGCAAGAGGAGACCAUUCGAGAGGAAUCUCUUGAGGAAUCAUUCCGGAGGACAAAAGAUGAAGCAUUGGGAGAUCCUCAGCAACGGUGGCGAUUCGUGGAGAGUCGAGGUUCCACCUGCAGGUGUACUUGAAUUACCCUUAACCGAGCCAAUAUUUGGAGGGAAGCAGGUCUGUUUCGCAACGUCUUAUCACAAUUGUACCAAGAGGCAGACCGUAAAUCUACUGGCAAAAGGAUUCCAUCCAUAUGUUCUGGACGUUUUGCAGCCCCCCAUAGAGGUGAGCGAAUGGUACAGCUGUCGAUGGGACUGUCCAGCGAUGUAUGAAUGCGAGAUUGAACUGUUAGGACUUGAAAACGAUCAGAAAACAAAGAAAGUCUUAGAUAAGUUUCAAUUUCGUGAUACUUUAGAGGGGGACAAACAGAACAAAUGGCUACAUAUAUCGCAUGUAUUUAAAAACUAUGGACAUGGUUUGAGAGAGAUUAGUUUUUUACAUGGUGGAAUGGACAAUUCAUUUUGGGCAGGACAUUACGGUAGCAAAAUGGCUGGGGCGUGUAUUAGUAUAAAGUUUCCUCCAGCUACUACACAUAUUUAUGGAGAAUGAAUCAAACAACUCAAGAUGAAUAUAUAAUAUAACAUAAUGUAUUAUAUAAAACAAUAAAGAUGUUAUAAUUUCGAGCAAAAUAAUAUAUAAAAAAUGUUGAUGUGUAUAUAACAUUUUGUAAGGAAGAGUAAUAUAUUAAUUUAAAAUAAUAAAAACUAAUUUUUCUGUAGAAUUUAUCUACUAUCAAAUCGCGCGAAAAGAUUAUUAGAUACUAAUGUAUACAUAAGAAUUUUUUUUUUUUUUUCAAUAAAAUAACUCGUUGGUCGAAGA